CUUACGGUUACAGUGCCUUAAAACUAAAAUAUUUCGGUAAUAGAAGUCAGGGUUACAAAAUAAUAUCACACAUGUGAUGAUAAGAAAAUGCCGUUGGAUUUUAAGAUUUGGACAACUGAUAUUUAUACAUUAAAUCUCUAAUUAUAAUUCAAAUUCGAUUAUUCGAAUUGUCGUAGCAUCCCUAACCCUAUGUUGCUGUCAAAAAACCAGUCUAAUCAAAGAUUACAAUAUUUGAACAAACAAAAUUUUUAUUUUUUGUGGUGUUUGUUGUGUGCCUGCAUUUUAAAAUAAAAUUGGUGACACGAUGAGUAGUUGUUUUAUUAUGAAAAUAUAAUAACUUUGCUAUGAAUGCAUCAAUUGAAAAAAAUACACAUUCUCUUACUCGACCGGAAAUCAUAGGUUACAUGAGUGUUGAUGUCUCUCGAGAAUACCACUCUAAUUUGUCUCAAUUAAAAUAUCUUGAUUAUGUUCCAAGAGGAAAAAUCCACUUGGAUCUGAACCACGGUAUAGAGAAAGCUGUCAAAAGAACUACUGAUGACAACGGCGAAAAAAUAACGCUUCUAUUAAAGUUCCUAAAAAAUAAUAUUCAUUAUGUAACACAGGAUGAAAUUGGCUGGAGAUUUAUAACAUACAGACGAACUUUAAUUAGUGUGAUGUGCAAUGCUUUUAACAAUACACAUGUUAAAAUUAUGGCUAGUUUAUUCAAUAACUCCAUUUACUUGUGCUCUCUUGAAACACCCACCGAAAUGCAUAACAGAUUGUCUCUUAAUGGUCGGUUUUGUGCAUGGGGUUAUAAAUUUGAACAAUACCUGCUAAGCGAUCUGCCUGGUAUACAUCAGAAUAUUGAGAAACCAGUUAUAGAAAAUGAAGAGUUUUCAUUAUUCUAUAAAGCUUGUUUAGGUGACCACAAAUUAUUAUAUGGUGCACAAAUAGAUGGCUUACUUGUCACCAAUGGUACAGUACAUCCACCAAACACAACUGAUUUUCAGAUGAAUUUGAAUUAUCUUAAACAAAAUUCCUAUGUUGAAUUAAAAACAAACAGACUGUUAGAAAAUCCGCGACAAGAACACAAUUUUAAGUAUGUACUUACUUUGAAUAUAAUAAGCAUAAAAAUUGCUUUAAAAUAAAUAUAUAUACUGUUCAAAGACAUAUGUAAUACUUAUUGUCUGUAAUAAUGAACAAAUUUAUUCCAGAAAAUACAAAAUGUUAAGAUGUUGGUGUCAGUGUUACUUGGCAAAUUUAAAUGGUUUAUUAGUAGGAUAUCGAGAUGACAAUGGCAUUGUUACAAAAUUAAAUUACUUUAAAACUGAAGACAUUCCCAAAUAUUGCAGGGUAAGGAUAGAAAAAUUUCAGAAAAUGUAGAUAGUGUCUGGUAGAAAUCUACCUAUAUCUAUAAUUUUU